CGCGGCCACGCCCCCCAGAGCGUCUUUGGGCCCCGCGCGUGCGCGCCUGUUGCUGAGCAGCUCUGGUGUCCUCCAGACAGGCGGGCGGCGCAGCCAUGGGGCUGAGCGGCAACUCGGCUGUGCGGGAGUUCAGCUGUGGCAGUUAUCUUGGGCUGCACAGUUGUCUGGGAUGCAGUCAGUUGAUCUUGGUGGAGUACGUGAGGAAACUGAGAUGGCAGAUCAUUCAAGAAUAAAUUAAAAAGUAGCAGAGCACGCAGACGUCCUUGUCGUACUCCUGUCUUAGUUGUUAACUGUUGGACAGGGCACCGCCUAUCCUAUAACACAGUCUAGAUGCUGCAUUUGAAUAUUGAAUGGAUUGCUGCCGUCUCUCUAGCUGCUGGAGCAGCUGCUGUUGGAUACCUUGCUUACAAGAAAUUUCUCUCUAAAGACAAAUGCUGCAAGGCAAUGGUAAAUCUCCAUAUCCAGAAAGAUAACCCCAAGGUAGUCCAUGCAUUUGACAUGGAAGACCUGGGAGAGAAAGCUGUCUACUGUCGUUGUUGGAGAUCUAAGAAGUUUCCACUGUGCGAUGGCUCUCACACAAAGCACAAUGAAGAAACUGGGGACAACGUUGGUCCUCUGAUCAUCAAAAGAAAGGAAGCAUAAAGUGGACAAAUGGAAGCCAUAACUUGUCAUAUAUUUGUUUUGUUUUGUAAUUGGAGUAAAUGCAGAUUCUGUUUGUCAUGUUGCUGAAGACUUUUAAGUAUAGUAUACAUACAACAUGUUGCAGAAUAUGUAGUUUGUGGCACUUGUCUUGUUUGGAACACUACAAUACAUAUGUUAAAUACUCAUGGCUUGAGAUUAUUUUGUAUCUGAGUGAGUGUACACUUUCAUUAAGAGGUAUAAAAUUAAAAUGACACUUCGAAUGUACUUUGACCUGUACACGGAAGAAAAUAUAUUAAAUUAUUUUCAAAUAUACGUGUUCUACUUGCAAACUUCUUAGUAGAAAGUGUAAUAAAAGUUGAUAACAAUAAA